UGUAUAUUAAACUCGUUUCUUUGUUUUGUGGUGUAAAAUUGGGUCUCUCAAUCUCUCAGUUGGCGAAUUAGGGUUUUAGGCUGUCUGAUUGAUUGUUGAUUGUAUCGAAGAUGAUUGAGGUGGUGCUGAACGAUCGUCUCGGGAAGAAGGUGAAGGUGAAGUGCAACGAGGAUGACACCAUAGGCGACCUCAAGAAGCUCGUGGCUGCUCAGACGGGUACCCGAUCCGACAAGAUUCGGAUCCAGAAAUGGUACAACGUCUACAAGGACCACAUCACCCUCAAGGACUAUGAAAUCCAUGACGGCAUGGGCCUCGAGCUCUACUACAACUAAAGGUGUUAUGCACUGGCAGUGGGAUUAGUCUCGGUAAGAAGUGGUUGCAUGUAUUGCAAAGCCCUGGGAUGGUGC